AUGGCGGUAGUGGUGGCGGUGGUGGUGACCAUUACAAGUUUUAGUUUACUUAAAGAGAAAACGAGAAUUCGUGGGUGUAAAAUAAAAGCACUCCGAGCAAAGACAAACACUUACAUCAAAACGCCCGUACGUGGAGAGGAACCGGUUUUCGUUGUGACGGGAAGGAAGGAAGACGUGGCCAAGGCGAAACGUGAAAUACUUUCGGCAGCGGAACACUUUUCACAAAUCAGAGCUUCGAGAAAGACUAAUUUGGGCGGAUUACUCGGAGGUUUGUCACCCCCCGGACCUCCUGCCAAUAUCCCCGGUCAAGUCACAAUUCAAGUAAGGGUGCCAUAUAGAGUUGUCGGUCUCGUGGUGGGACCCAAAGGCGCCACAAUAAAAAGAAUUCAACAGCAAACACACACUUACAUAGUAACUCCCUCGCGUGACAAAGAACCCGUUUUCGAAGUGAGCGGAUUGCCCGAAAACGUUCAAGUUGCCAAAAGGGAAAUCGAAGCGCAUAUAGCGAUGCGAACGGGAGCGGGAACGUUGAACGGAACGAACAUGGCCGAUCUAUUGGGGGCACCUUUGAUCGAAGACAAUUCUGAAUUACUUGCAUCAUUGUACAAGACUGGUUUGGGAAGCCUUUUUAGUUGUUUAGAACCUUCCGACACAAAUUCCACGACUCUGAAUUCGGAUGCCCUUAACAUGUUUCAUCCGACUUCUCUUACAUCCUCGGCCAGUUCGGGAGCUUUUAGCUCAUCCGGUUCUCUUAGCUCGAACAGCAGUUCAUCGUCGAACGGGGGUCGAAUCGGUGAUCUCGUUUCGAUUUGGAAUUCGAGUUUAGAACGCGACGAAGGGAUUGGAGAAUCCCCCGGUUUCGAAACAACAACUACCUCAUCGAAUAUUUGGUCGUUUCCAUCGUCGGCAAGCACAACGGGAAUAACAACAAGGCCCUCGCCCACGGCUUCCGCGUCUCCCACUGAUUCCCUUGCCAGCAUCACAGGCAUGAGUUUGGGUACCAAACGAGACUGCUUGGUAUGCGCGGAAAAGGAAAUCAACGCUGCUCUCGUUCCUUGCGGUCACAAUUUAUUUUGUUUAGACUGUGCUACUCGUCUUUGCGAGGGAACCGAACCCGCUUGCCCCAUAUGCUCUCGCACAGUAUGUCAAGCAAUCCGUAUAUUAUCUUAA